AAGAGCUACGGGAAAGGACCGAGGGGCGUCUGCGGUGGGGUGGUGGGAAUCUCUUGCGGGGAGGGCGUGGCCUGUGGAUUACGUCAUCGCAUGCAAAUGAGCGGGAUUCCCUUUCCCCUCCCCCCUUGGGAGGGGUCUCCUCCGCCCUUCUCUCUCAGACCCCCCAAGGAGAGCCGCGGCCACCGGCAAUCCGGCCGGCUCCAUCCAACAGCGCCGCUGAAAGAGUGCUUCUGAGCGUGUGCAGAGCGCCUCUUCUUUUGCCUGGCGUAAUUGAUUUGGGGAGGGGGGGGUCUCCCAUCGGAGUCCUUCAUCGGUCCCUACUCGCCUUGGCUGCUCUGGAAAGCGAACGGCGGCCCGACCUGGUUGGAAGGGCAUGGAUGGGAGGCCACGAGGAGAUCCCAGGACUGUGACUUUACCUGGGAUCAUGAUCCUAAUGCCAAGAGAUGGGGGUCUUCCAACUCAGGCCCAUCCCCAGUAAAGAGUGGUGGUGGGAAACCCCUCCGUAUUCUCCCCCACUUUCCUCCUGGCCAACCCUUGCCAAUGGGGGUUACACUGGCAUAGAUGGGGGUGUGUGUGCCCUGACCCCCUCCCCCCUCCCCUCUGCCUGGCCGGCGUCCCGUCGGAGUUACUUGCCUGCGACAAGCAGCCCAGCCCAGCCCAGCCCCAGAAGGGAGGCGGAGUCUCUCGCCCGGCUCCCCCCAGAAACUGCCGGGCUGCUGUCUCACUCGCCACCCUCGCCCGCCUGCCCGUUUGCAGCUCCUGGCAUCGCCCUCCCCAAUGGAUGCCCUUCCAGAGCCCCUCCUGGUGCGGAUCCUGGCCGGCCUGCCCGCCCUCGACCUCGUGCUGGUGUGCCGCCUGGUUUGCUCCCAGUGGAAGGCGCUGGUGGAUGGAGGGGCUCUCUGGCUGCUGAAAUGCCAGGCGGAGGGCUUUGCGGGGAAGGAGGCGGGCGUGGAUGCCACAGAGAGCUGGCAAACUUUCUACUUUCUCCAUAAGAAGAAGAGGAAUUUGGUCAAGAACCCCAAUGGGGAAGAGGGUCUCCAGCAUUGGGAGGACGUACAAAAUGGCGGUGAUGGCUGGAAAGUGGAAGAGCUGCCGGGCGAUUUUGGAAAAGAUUUCCCCAAGGAGGAAGUCCGCACCUAUUUCGUGUCCUCUUUUGACUGGUGCAGCAAAUCCCAAAUCAUCGACCUGCAAGCUGAAGGCUACUGGGAGGAGCUGAUGGACACCACCCAGCCCAAAAUCGUAGUGAAGGAUUGGUAUGCCGCUCGGUGCGACGCCGGCUGCCUCUACCACCUGAAGGUGAAGCUGCUGUCCGCUAACGAAGACGCGGUGGCUGAAUUUGAGAGCGAAACCAUCGCGGUACCCCAGGACAACGAGGGCGAGUGGGCUGAGAUCACUCACACCUUCGCCGAUUACGGUCCCGGCGUGCGCUUCGUCCGUUUUGAACACGGCGGUCAGGAUACGGUGUUCUGGAAGGGCUGGUACGGCGCCCGCGUGACAUCCAGCACGGUGGUGGUGGAACCUUAGGCCACCAUGCAGCAGCCUGGCCCCUCUGCAGGAAACCCUCGCUACAAAAAUGAUGCUUAGGAAUGGGCAAAUCUCACAUGGAAAGCAAAGCAAAGCAAAGGAAGUCCCAUCCAUUUAUCCAGCAAAGAAAGACUCCUUGGCCAUUGUUUAACCGUCCCUGCAUAUCCAUUUG